GAGACAUAGGGGUUUUAAAAAAAAUCUUUAUUUUUUUAUAUUUAAUAUCUGCCCAUCUCUCUCAGUCUCUUGAUUCCUUGACAUAUUAUUGCCAUGUUGUUUUCCUGGCAAGUGAGGAAUCUCCUGGGUAAAAUGGAUGAUUUUAAUCUUGCAUAGGAUCUGGGCACCGUUUCGUCUGUUAGCGUCUCCACAUUUCUAAAUGUAGAUCAAAAAAAAAUUGAAUGCACUUCUAGGACAUUUUGCAUACUGAAACGCAGAUAGAUUUUAUACAUAAAUGAGGUUUUUCUUUUAAAAAAAAAUGUAGGCAUGCAUGUAUGUGUGAUUGACCCAAGCAAAAAGAAAAAGAAUUUUGUGAUUGAGUUGAUACUUGAACUUGGAUCUUCUUGAACUUGGUAGUCGUCUACAUGCCAAAUGAAUCAUAGUUAACGUUAGAGCUGAAACUAGAACUUUGAUAUUUCUUCCUUUAUGGUAAUAUAUGAGGAUUGGGUUUUUUUGUUGCUUUCACAUGUCCUACAGCAAAUUUUUAAAUAAUAAUGAAAUUAACCCAUUAAUAUGACUCUUACAGACAAAGAGGAUGCCAAGAAGAGCACUCUGGACAACAGAGAAUGAGAAGCAGCCUUAAAAUGCAAACCAAGCCUUCAAUCAAGAUUUUUUUCCAUUUCCUCCAGAAAGUGUAAAACCUCUUCUCCUUCCUCAGCAGAUGAAAGACAAGGGAAAGAAUAACAAGAACAAAGUUUUGAGCUGGAAAAAGUAGAGUAUGUGCAACUGAAGCAAACAUUAUCUAAGAAGUCAAGGGUGAUAAUAUCAGAAAAACAAAAAAGUGGAAAUAACUGAAAGUCAGUGAAAAGAAAAGGUUCCUUGGAUAGCCAAAAUGGACAGGUAUUAAUGAAAAUAUUUGACAAAGGAAAGAAUGACUUGAAUAAAAGAACCUCCAAGUAAUAGAUCAGAAAUAUUUUUGGCUUCCUGAAGAGUCCACGAAUAUCAGUGUGUGAAAAACCACACAGACUGCCUAUUGUGGGAAAAACGCAGAUUGCAGAUCAUAGCUGAUGAAAACCCAUACGAAUAUUGGGAGCGCGGCAAGAGAUUUACUCAAAGAAUCUUCCUCAUGAUUCUUGGUAGGACCAAUACUAAAGACAAGCUCUAUCAGUACUCCCAAUGUGACAAAGGAUUUAGCAUGCAGACCAAUCUGGUAAGACACAAGAGGACUCGCACUAAGGAGAAACUCUUUAAAUGUCCGGAUUGUGGGAAAAGCUUCACACGGAAUUCUGAACUGGUGAUACACAAAAGGACUCACACGGGAGAGAAACCAUAUGAAUGUCCAGAUUGUGGAAAAAGUUUCACACGGAAUUCUGACCUGGUGAUACACAAGAGGAUUCACACAGGAGAGAAACCAUAUGAAUGUCUGGAUUGUGGAAAAAGCUUCACGCAGAAUUCUGACCUGGUGAUACAUAAAAGGACUCACACGGGAGAAAAACCAUAUAAGUGUCCAGAUUGUGGGAAAAGUUUCAGUCAGAAUUCCAAUCUGGUGGCACAUCAGAGGAUUCACACAGGCCAAAAACCAUAUGAAUGUCCAGUUUGUGGGAAAGGUUUCUGUCAGAAUUCCACCCUGGUGGAUCAUCAGAGAACUCACACAGGAGAGAAACCAUAUAAGUGUUGUGAUUGUGGGAAGGGUUUCACUCACAAUUCUAGCCUGGUGGUACACAAGAGGACUCACACAGGAGAGAAACCAUACAAGUGUUGUGAUUGUGGGAGAAAUUUUAGUCAGAAUUCCAAGCUAGUGAUACACCAGAGGACUCACACAGGAGAGAAACCAUAUGAGUGUCCGGAUUGUGAGAAAAGUUUCAGUCAGAAUUCCAGCCUGGUGAUUCACCGGAGGACUCAUACAGGAGACAAGGCAUAUGAGUGUUCAGAUUGUGAGAAAAGUUUCAAUCAGAAUUCCAGCCUGGUGAUUCACCAGAGGACUCAUACGGGAGAAAAACCAUAUAAAUGUCCAGAUUGUGGGAAAGGUUUCAGUCAGAAUUCCAAUCUUGUGAGACAUCGGAGGACUCACACAGGAGAGAAACCAUAUGAGUGUUCGGAUUGUGGGAAAAGUUUCCAGGAUAAUUCCAACCUGGUGAAACAUCAGAGGACUCACAAAGGAGAAAAACCAUAUGAGUGUCUGGAUUGUGAUAAAAGUUUCAGUCAGAAUUCCAGCCUGGUGAUUCACCAGAGGACUCAUACGGGAGAGAAACCAUAUAAGUGUCCAGAUUGUGUGAAAUGUUUCAGUCAGAAUUCUAAUCUGGUGAAACAUCGGAGGACUCACACAGGAGAGAAACCAUACGAGUGUUCGGAUUGUGGGAAAAGUUUCCAGGAUAAUUCCAACCUGGUGAAACAUCAGAAGACUCAUAUAGGAGAAAAACCAUAUAAGUGUUGUGAUUGCGGGAAGGGUUUUGCUCACAAUUCUAGCCUGGUGUUACACAAGAGGACUCACACAGGAGAGAAACCCUACAAGUGUUGUGAUUGUGGGAAGGGUUUCACUCACAGGUCUAGCCUGGUGGUACACAAGAGGACUCACACAGGAGAGAAACUAUAUAAUUGUCCGGGUAAUGGGAGACAUUUUAGUCAGAAUUCCAAGCUAGUGAUUCACCAGAGGACUCAUAUAGGAGAAAAACCAUAUGAGUGUCGAGAUUGUGAGAAAAGUUUUAGUCAGAAUUCCAGCCUGGUGAUUCACCAGAGGACUCAUACGGGAGAGAAACCAUAUAAGUGUCCAGAUUGUGGGAAAAGUUUCAGUCAGAAUUCCAAUCUGGUGAGACAUCGGAGGACUCACACUGGAGAGAAACCAUAUGAAUGUUCAGAUUGUGGGAAAAGUUUCCAGGAUAAUUCCAACCUGGUGAAACAUCAGAGGACUCACACAGGAGAAAAACCAUAUAAGUGUCUUGAAUGUGGGAAAAGUUUCAGUCGGAAUUCCCAUUUGGUAAUACACUGGAGGACUCACACAGGAGAGAAACCAUAUGAAUGUCCAGAUUGUGGGAAAGAUUUCAGUACUAGGUCUAGCCUUAUAAAUCAUGUAAGAACUCACACGGGAGAGAAACCAUAUGAAUGUCCAGAUUGUGGGAAAAGUUUCAGUCAGAAUUCCCACCUGGUGGAUCAUCAGAGGACCCACUCAGGAGAAAAACCAUAUAAGUGUUGUGAUUGUGGGAAAGAUUUCUCUCAGAAUUCGAGCCUGGUGGUACACCAGAGGACUCACUCAGGAGAGAAACCAUACAAGUGCCCGGAUUGUGAGAAAAGUUUCAGUCUCAAUUCCAACCUGGUGAUUCAUCAGAGGACUCAUACAGGCGAGAAGCCAUAUGAGUGUCCAGAUUGUAGGAAAAGUUUCAGUCAGAUUUCCCACCUGGUGAGACAUCGGAGGACUCACACAAUAGAAAAACCAUAUGAGUGUUUGUAUUGUGGGAAAAGUUUCCAGGAUAAUUCCAACCUGGUGAUACACCAGAGGACUCAUACAGGACAGAAACCAUAUGAGUGUCCAGAAUGUGGGAAAAGUUUUAGUCAGAAUUCCAACCUGGUGAUACACCAGAGGACUCAUACGGGAGAGAAACCAUAUGAGUGUCCAGAUUGUGGGAAACGCUUCAGUCAGAAUUCCCACUUGGUGAGACAUCGGAGGACUCACAUAGCAGACAAACCAUAUAAGUGUUUGGAUUGUGGGAAAAGUUUCCAGGAUAAUUCCAACCUGGUGAUUCACCAGAGAACUCAUAUGGGAGAGAAACCAUAUGAGUGUCCAGAUUGUGGGAAAAGUUUCAGUCAGAAUCCCCACCUGAUGAGACAUCGGAGGACUCACAUAGUAGAAAAACCAUAUAAGUGUUUAGAUUGUGGGAAAAGUUUCCAGGAUAAUUUCAACCUGGUGAUUCACCAGAGAACUCAUACAGGUGAGAAACCAUAUGAGUGUCCAGUUUGUAGGAAAAGUUUCAGUCGUAAUUCCCAUCUGGUGAGACAUCGGAGGACUCACACAGGAGAUAAACCAUAUGAGUGUUUGGAUUGUGGAAAAAGUUUCCAGGAUAAUUCCAACCUGGAGAUUCACCAGAGGACUCAUACGGGAGUGAAACCAUAUGAGUGUCCAGAUUGUAGGAAAUCUUUCAGUCAAAAUUCCCACCUGGUGGAACAUCACAGGACUCACACAGGAGAAAAACCAUAUGAGUGUCUUGAAUGUGGGAAAAGUUUCAGUCAGAAUUCCCAUUUGGCGAUACACUGGAGGAGUCACACAGGAGAGAAACCCUAUGAAUGUCCAGAUUGUGGGAAAGAUUUCAGUACUAGGUGCAGCCUUAUAAAUCAUGUAAGGUUACACAUAGGAGAGUAACGAUUCAACUACCCAGGUUGCAGGCAAACAUUGUAAGAGAUAGAUGCAAAUAUAAUAAAGGUGGGACAGUAAUGACAGGUUAGAGAAUAUCAUGGUCAAUGGUAUUGAAACCUGAUAAGAGGUCUAGGAGGACAUAGCGGUUGUAGUCCGUCUAUCUCAAACCCUCCAAAAGUCCAUGAGAAUUGCAACCAAUGCCAUUUUGGUGAUGUGACCCGGCCUGAACCCAGACUGAGAAGAGCCCCGUUGCCUUUCUCCUGCCCUUUCUCUGGGUGGCAAAGUCAGAGCUGAAAGCAGAGGGCGAGUUGAAGUCCCAGGCUGCCAACCUUUCAUUGCCCUCUUCAGCUGCAGUUACAAAAAAUCUUAAUCUACAGCAAUGCCUUGAACUCUCCUAGGAAAACCUCUCAUGAUUUUCUUAUGCAUAGCAAACUGCUGUUGAAGGUAUAAAUCCAGUCAGGUUCCAACUGUCCAGAAGGGGGGAGAUUACUGUUCCCAACCCUCUCUUGAGUUUGUAAAAGAAAUAUGGGUAGUUCUCGGGUUGUGACCACAAUUGGUGCCAGAAUUUCCAUUGCUAUUCAGUGUCAUUAUAAAAAUGACAUCACGUGACCAUGUUACUUAAUGAGUUCCACUUGCAAUUGCAAUUCCAGCACCCCGUGUGUCAUUAAUUGAGAACCUCAUGUUGACAUGAUGUGGGAAGAGGUAGGAAUCCCAGGGCAGCAGGUGAGAACUGUGGGCAAGUGGGUGGCCUCCAGGCCCGUUCAUUGAGAGCCAACUUUUAUAAAGCCCAGGACUUUUUAGAUCAGCUUUCUACAAACUAGCACCCUCCAAUUUUUUUUUCACAAGCUGCCUGGGAAUAUUCAGCGCUGGACUCCUCUGGAAACUGGUUCUUCAGAGGAAUUCUGCCCUCUCGUGAGAUUUAGGCCCUGCAAGAAUGCAAGUGGGAAAAAUAAUAUCUCCCAUGGAAGCAGUGUGGGUGGGGGGAAUUUCAACAUUUUUUCCUAUAUUAUUUUAUUAAUGGGAUAAAGCUGGCAAUCGUUUAAAGCUGAUGCAGCUGGUAAUCUUGUGAAGCUAAGUAGGAUCAAGCUUCACUCUUCAAGCUUCCCACAGUUGAAAAGUUAGUUUUGGGGCAUUAUCCUGCACCCCCAGUACAAAGAACUGCCUGGAAUAUUCUCCAUGGAUCCUCAAGGGAGGUGUGCUUUCUUGUGGUCUGAUGGCACGUUGUAUUCCCCCCCACGGAUGCUUUCCCUUGUUUUACUUCUUGCAAAAGAAGCUCCAGGCUCAGUUUCAGUGACAAUGAGGGCAUCCCUGCGACACCCCAAAGGACAGACUGGAUCGUCCUGGAGAAAAGUUAUGGAUCUGAUGGCUAAGAGUGGAAAACGCACUUCACUAAAAAAAUCUUUAAAAGUAUCAGACAGGGAUGGAAUGAGUGCAUUUUCAGUCUUAUGUCACUAGAUGGAGCACACCACACCAGGCCUGGAAAACGGCCAGUCUCAUAGCCGCAUUGGUGGUGGCUGAGAGCCUUCAUCCAAUGGGAGUGAUAGAGUUAAAACCAGCGAGUGUUGCUAGAAAGGAUGUGGAAGAGACAAGUAGAUAAAAGGUAAUUAUUUGGAUAUUU